GCAAGUGUAGUGCAUACUCCUUGAGUGCAUACCACCGCAUACAUCUGCUUUUCCCUGUUGUCUACUGAAAAAUGUUCUUAACAAGAUCAGAAUAUGACCGGGGAGUCAACACUUUCUCACCAGAAGGGCGGUUGUUCCAAGUCGAGUACGCAAUAGAAGCCAUCAAGCUCGGGAGCACAACCGUCGGGAUCCGCACACCCACCGGCGUAGUCCUCGGCGUCGAGAAACGCGUCCAGUCCCCUUUGCUCGAGUCCUCCAGUAUCGAGAAGAUAAUGGAGAUCGACACCCAUCUUGGGUGUGCCAUGUCCGGCCUUACGGCGGAUGCGAGGACGAUGAUCGACCAUGCGCGUGUGACGAGCCAGAAUCACGCUUUUACGUUUGACGAGCGGAUCAAGGUGGAGAGUGUGACACAGGCGGUGUGUGAUUUGGCUCUGAGGUUCGGGGAGAGCAUGGAGAAUGAAGACGCGAUGAUGUCACGGCCAUUCGGCGUUGCACUCCUUAUUGCCGGAAUUGACGAACUUGGCCCGCAGUUAUACCACACCGACCCCUCGGGCACAUUUGUCAAGUACGAAGCUAAGGCCAUCGGUUCGGGUAGUGAGGCUGCACAAGCCGAGCUGCAAGACAAGUACCACAAGAGCAUGAGCAUGAAAGAAGCGCAGAUCUUAACGCUGUGCGUGCUGAAGCAGGUCAUGGAGGAGAAACUGGAUCAGCAUAACGUCCAGCUUGCGCAGGUUACACAGGAGAAGGGGUUCGAGAUCCUUAGUGAUGCUUUGCUGAAAGAGGCGAUUGAGGGGAUGUAGUGCUGGCUAGAAG